AUGGACUCAAAAAUCGUCCUUUUGAGUUUUCUUUUUCUCUGCAUUUCGGCGCAUCCAGACUCCUCUCAGCCUUUAAUUGGAGAUACAGAUGGUGCAUGGUCACUUAUAGGUUUCUCAGGCUAUGCAGGCGAAAUCACAAUGAACCCAUUGACAGGAUCUUCUUACUUCUAUUGGUUUUUCGAAGCAAUCAAAGGCAACGCAUUGACUGACACUCUUCCCCUUAUCAUUUGGCUUCAAGGCGGUCCAGGCUGCUCAGGCGAAACUGGAAUGCUAUUCGAAAAUAUCGCCCCAUUUACCAUUAGCAACAAAUCUGAGCCAGUCCCAAACCCUUACACCUGGGCCAGCGAUUUUCACAUAAGAUUAAGAUAUGCCGUUCGCAUUGCAGGGCCGGGGAUUUCCACCCCUACACGUUCAUCCCUCCCGAGGAGGCUCGACGGACACCCUUCCUGUUGCUGCAAAUAGGAGAUUCGCGCGACCAGUCUUGACUUCCAUGGUUCCUGGAAUCUAAGGCCCAACCACCUGGGUUGAAACCCCCAGUUUUCUCGUCAGGCAAAUACCGUCUUCAGGGUCUGAGGGUCAUAUUGCCCUCAGACAUCGGCCGACCUUGCCCUUUCCAAUGGUUGUUCUGGAGGAAAAGCUCUAAGUCCCAAGGAUUAGCUCCCAGGCCCGUAGAAAACCCAUUCCGACAUAUAUAAAGGAUUACCAACCCCUUUCCACCUAAAUCUCCAACACUGGGCCGUUGCCUGCUGCUGUUGAAGAAAUAGGGUCGAGUGGUCUGUCAUCCCCAUUUUUAUAUAUAUGCAAUUUUCACAUAAUGACGAUCGACCAUCCUCUUGGUGCUGGUUUUUCAGUUGCUAAGGCAUCUUAUGAUAUGAAAAACACCACAAUUGGCUCAACCCAGCAGCUUUAUAAUUUACUAGUAAAACUCAACACUAAGUACCCAUGGAUGUUCAACCGUCCUAUCUUCAUUUUCGGAGAAAGCUUCGGAGGCCACUGGAUCCCUGCAAUCGCUUAUACAAUUUUGAUGAAUAAUAACAACCCUGUAUCUUCACAGAUCGCGCACUUUAAUUUACAAGGGAUUGCUAUUGGAGACCCAUGGACUGAUCCAAUUACUCAAAGCCAAAAAUAUUCAGCUUAUUCAGUGGCAACUGGGCUGUUAAACCAAGAAGAAUUUGAGAUUAUCCAGACUUAUGAGCAGCAGGUGUUUAGUGAAAUUGGCUUAGGUGAGUGGGCAGAUGCAGAAAAUGACUGGGGAUCGAUAACGGAUUUGAUUAUUAAUUAUGCAGGUGGGAUUAAUGUUUACAAUAUAAGAAGCUAUGAGACUAAUUAUAACUUAGGAGGCAUCCCAUCAUGGCUUGAUUCUACAGAAACCAAAAAUCUGUUGCACAUUCCACAGCAGUUACAUUGGGUACAAUGCAGCGGUUCUGUCUAUGAAGCCAUGACUUAUUCUUUUUUAAAUAAAUACACUUUAUACAUUUUUAUAGAAAAUAAGCCUGGAUUUUUAGAAUAAAGAUAUGAUAUCAUGAACACCGCGAUCAAUUAUUUGCCUUUUGUAAUUGACACUAUUCCUGUCAUGAUUUAUAAUGGCCAAGAUGAUCUUAUCGUCAAUACCUUGUCAACUGAAGCUAUGAUUGCUAACAUAAACUGGCCAGGAAUUCCUUAUUUCCAAUACUCCCAAAAAUCACUAUGGAUGGUCAAUGGUAUGGUAGCUGGGUUUGCACAGACUUAUGAAAAUUUCAGCUUCGUGGUCGUUUUGAAAUCUGGACAUAUGGUGCCUCAUGAUCAACCAAUCAACGCACGCGAUUUGGCUUACAGGUUUGUGAUGGGUGAAGGAUGGAGCUAA